AUGUCGUCGGAAUUUUGGCUAAUUUCUGCCCCUGGAGAUAAGGAGAAUUUGCAGGCUCUGGAACGGAUGAACACAGUAACCUCCAAGUCUAAUCUGUCCCACAACACAAAAUUUGCCAUUCCUGAUUUCAAGGUGGGGACCUUGGAUUCUCUUGUUGGUCUCUCAGAUGAGUUGGGGAAACUUGAUAUCUUCGCUGAAAGCCUUAUAAAGAAGAUGGCUCAAAGUGUAGUAGAAGUUAUGGAAGAUGCAAAGGGAAGAGUUCAUGAGAACCUGUUGGCCAAUGGAGUUGACUUAACUUCUUUUGUGACCCGCUUUGAAUGGGACAUGGCCAAGUAUCCUGCCAAGCAACCUCUUGUGGUCAUCGUGGACACGUUAGCAAAGCAAUUGGCACAAAUAGAAAUAGACCUGAAAACUCGAACAGCUGCCUACAGCACUCUGAAAGGAAACCUGGAGAAUCUGGAAAGGAGAUCCUCGGGAAAUCUCUUCACUCGGACAUUAGUUGAUAUUGUGAACAAAGAAGAUUUUGUGCUGGAUUCAGAGUAUCUCAUCACUCUCCUGGUGAUAGUUCCAAAGCCAAACUAUUCACAGUGGCAAAAAAGAUAUGAAUCUCUCUCAGACAUGGUGGUACCUCGAUCAACCAAAUUGCUUGCUGAAGACGACGAAGGAGGCCUCUUUACAGUCACAAUGUUUCGGAGGGUGAUUGAUGAUUUCAAAGUCAAAGCCAGAGAAAACAAGUUCAUUGUCCGUGAAUUUUUCUAUGAUGAAAAAGAAAUUAAAACUGAAAGGGAAGAGAUGACUAAAUUGCUUUCUGAAAAGAAGCAACAGUAUCAAACUUCACGUGUUGCUCUUAAAAAGGGAUCAUCUACCUUCCCGGAUCACAUGGUUAAGGUAACCCCGAUAGGGAACCCUGGUAGGCCCACUACGGGGCAGAUGGAGAAAGAAAAAGAGAGUGAGGGCGAGGGUGAGGGUCCCCUUUUGCGCUGGCUCAAGGUGAACUUCAGUGAAGCAUUUAUUGCCUGGAUUCACAUAAAGGCUUUGAGAGUAUUUGUUGAAUCUGUGCUAAGGUAUGGACUACCGGUGAAUUUUCAGGCAGUGCUUUUACAACCCCACAAGAAGGCCACAAAACGUUUAAGAGAGGUUCUAAACUCAGUCUUCAAACACCUGGAUGAAGUAGCAGCAGCAAGUAUACUGGAUGCUUCUGUGGAUAUUCCUGGAUUACAACUAAAUAACCAAGAUUAUUUUCCUUAUGUCUACUUUCACAUUGACCUUAGUCUUCUUGACUAGCUUUUUAAGAGUCCAGUGACCCUUGGUAACUCUAGAAAAUAGCCUUAUUUC